UCUUGGCACGGGAAAUUUAAAUCCUAGAACUAGAACUAGAUUUCUAGUUCUAGAAUCUAGAAUUCUAGUUCUAGACAUAGAAUCUAGAUCUAGAUUCCUACUAUAUCUAGAUCUACUACUAGAGCUAGAUCUAGCUAGGCAUGGUCUCAGUUAAAGAAAAGAUGCUGUUGGAUAUGGAUGAAUCUUGGAUAUUAAAUGACAUAAAAUUUCAUUACUAUGAGUCACAGCAGUUUAAACAUCCUGAAUUUGAGCGGACAGGCAAAGUUUUACAAUGUAAAAAUGUAACAUAUUUGACUGAUGGUGUCUAUAAAAUAAAUGUAAAAUUUUUAGACCCAAUUACUAGAAACAGCCAAGGAUGCCCACAAGCUACAUACAUCAAAAUCCUGAAUCACUGCUACUGUAUACAAAAUCAAGACGAGAAAUCAAGAAUUUGUAUUCAGAUAGAGGAAUGGGAGGAAUGUGAAUUGAAAUCUUUUUACUUUAGUAAAGAACCUUUGGAUAUAAAUUCCCUAGAUUUUGUCAAGCAAUGCUGCCAAGCAUAUUUAUGUAGUAUCACUGAAGAAAAUGACAGGUGGGAUGUUGUAGACAGCCAAAGCAGUUUCAAUCUUCAUGAAUUCCUUGACAAUUCACAAAGUUCGCAAGAUUUAAUUGUCGAAAAACGGAAGACUCAGGGAAUUACAACCCCAACACCCACAGCUGAUCAGAAGUCAAAGAAAAAAACAUCUGACUAUAGUUACCUGUUUGAGCCUGAAUUAAAAAACGUACAAUUUCCACAAGAUCAGAGAAAAAAGAAAAAGCUGUCCGACUAUAGUUUUCUGUAUGUGCCUGAAGUUAUAAAGAGUCAUUUCCCUCCAGUUUGGCAACCAAAUUUUGAACCAUCCCCAUUAUCCAACUCAGCUGAGAGCUUAGGAUAUUGUGCACUUGCAGAAAAUAAUUUAGAAUAUUGUCGACAAACAUUAAAAAAAACAGGCUCUGCUGAUAGCAUUUUAUUGGGAACAAGAUCUGCACAGAGUGCUCGUCGUUCUUGUUUGGGUGAUAAAAACAGCCAUCAUAAAAACAUAGAUUCUGCAGCCAAUAUCAGACUUCAUAAAGACACAAGCUCCUCAGCCAAUAUCAGACUUCAUAAAGACACAAGCUCCUCAGCCAAUAUCAGACUUCAUAAAGACACAAGCUCCUCAGCCAAUAUCAGACUUCAUAAAGACACAAGCUCCUCAGCCAAUAUCAGACUUCAUAAAGACACAAGCUCCUCUGCCAAUAUCAGACUUCAUAAAGACACAAGCUCCUCAGACAAUAUCAGACUUCAUAAAGGCACAAGCAACAUAGACAACCUUCUUAAUAAAGACACAAAUGCAGUAGAAAGGUUUCAUAAAGACACAGGUCACAUUGUUGACUGUCUUAAAGACACAGGUCAAAUAGAAGGCUCUCAUAAGAAAUUAGGUCCUGUAGAAAGCUCUCCUAAAGAAGCAGGUCGUAUAGACGACUCUAAUAAAGACUCUGAUUUGACUGAGGUAAAGAUGACUUCAGAAGAAAGUUCUGGUCUGACAAAUGUAAUAGGGGGCUCAGAUAGUUUGUUCUCUGACUCUGAUGCUUUGCUAAGUAGCAAUUCUUCUUGCGGGGAAGCCUCUAUUGAAUCAUUUGUUCAGCUCUGUACAGAAAGCAACACAUCCGCUACAACUUCACCCCCAUCUUACACGCGUAUAAGAGGCAAUGAGCAGCCUAUGCCCAGAGAGAGUAUGAGGCAAAGUGCACCAUCCUCUGGUAGGAAAUCUACCAGUAUAGUGGUGGUCCCACAGAGGGAUUCAAAUGUCCAGAUUAUUCAAACUUUAGCUAGUACAGAUCUUUUGCCCCCUUUUAGGAAAUGUUCAAGAACUCCAGUAAGAAGACAAUCACCACCACCGAGUCAACAUGUAAAAAGCUCAAAAGAACCCAGCAUACAACCAAAGCCUGUACCUGAAAACUGUGCACAAACCCUAGAGGCGAGUCUUGGGUUUAUUCCAUCAAGUCAAGCAGUGGAUCCACCAGACAGUGAGACAUAUGAUGCCAUCACACACAGCUCUUUGGUGAAUUCUCCAAGAGACAUUCAGUACCAGCAGUUAAAAAUCAAAGCUCUGCUUGAUUUUGUUUGUUUUGGUGAUAAAAAAGGAUUCCUUAAGUGAAGUAGUAAAUGUUUUUAGCAAGUUAAAACUGAACUGACUAGAGCUGAUUAUUAAAUAGGCAGGUAGCAUACAAAAUUUGGUUGACAGAUUUUUAAUACAAGUUAAAAUUUGAUUGGGUGAUUCUUUAUCCAUAUGGCUAUUAUUUAUUAGGUGUUGCUUGGAAAAAGUACACUUUUACCUAUUGACAGUAAUAUAUUUUUGAAUCUUAUAUACAGACUUCACAAAUAGAUCUGUAAAGCAGUUCUGAUUUUUUAAACCGUAAUUAAAAUAACAUUUCUUGUACACAUUGUAUUACUAUAAUUGAACAAAAACAAAUCUUAAGGUUUGAGUAAUCAUUUUAUAUUAAUGCACUGAGAUGUCUGUGAUGUAAACUUUGUUAAGCACAUAAACAUUCUUAAAGUUGGUAAUGAAAGUUUUAUUUGCUAGUCUAAAAAUUAAUAUAUAUGGAAGUUUUAAGUACAUGUUUUUAAGUUCCAAAUUUUUUGUCUUUCAUCUUAAAAUUGAAAGAACAUGUAAAUGUUCUGUUUCAUUUAUUUUUAGGGGAGUG